CUCCAUGAAUAUCGAAAAUCCCAACGAAAGUCUCGUUGUUCCCAAAUGGUUGAAUAAGUCAAAGUUUGAGUCCUUGAUCGCAAAGGAUGAACCUGAUUUCACCAAGAUAGACCAGUUUACAACUGUGGCCGCUGUGCCCCCAGGUGGUAAUUUUGCAUCAGUCAUGCUGCGAGUUUACUUGGAUAUAGUAAUGAAAGAUGGAUCUCAGAAAAGAAAGUCGUAUGUGGUCAAGACUAUGCUGGAAUCUGAUAAAGGUGGCAAGGCGGUGAAUGAAAUGAGGUACUUCCACAAGGAGCAGCAGAUGUACUCCACCUAUUUGCCGCAGUUUGAGAAAAUCUAUCGUGUGGCGGGACAUCCCGUGCAGCUGAUGCCGAAAUGCCUGGAAAUUGGGGAGAUUGAUGGAAAUAUAUAUUUCAUAUUUGAGGAUCUUUCGACUCGAAAUUUCGUGGCAGCAGAUCGAACGAAAGGAGUGAAUAUGGAGCACAUGCGACUCUCUCUUCGUAAAUUGGCCGAGCUGCAUGCCGCCAGUGUGAUAUACAAAGAAAGGUAUGGACCAUAUCACGCUGACUUUGAUAAUGGAUUCGCCAGAAAGGACAAAAUCGAGCAUAGUGUGAGAAGAUUCGAAGUAAAAGCUCCUGAAUACAAGGCAGCCAUGAAAACGUGGGGAAUAGAUGAGUGCUACCUUAAGAAUUUCCCCACUACUGAGCAGUACGGCAAGCUCUGUUUGGAGUCCCUCAAUGUAGAUCCCCAGGACUUUAAUGUCCUAACACAUGGGGACUUUUCUCCCUCCAACAUUCUUUUUAAGUACAAUGAAAAUGGAGCCCCAAGUGAGGCACUUAUACUGGACUUUCAAAUUUGCAAAUGGGCCAGUCCGACACAGGAUCUGCUUAUGCUGAUAAUCCUUUCGGCGCGAAAGGAUUCGAGCUAUAAAGAAUUCGAUAAUAUUGUAAGAAUCUACUGGGAAUAUCUCAUCGACUUCUUGAGAGUCUUGAAGUACAAGAAGCCGCUUCCGCAACUGAGGGAACUGCAAUCUGCUAUCUACAAGAAAAACAACACUUUCUCUGCAUUCUUUGCCGUAAUGAAUCAUUUGCCGGGGGAUUUGCUGCCAGUUUGCAAGGAAAAUAACCUGCACACGUUUAAUUUAGAAGACGAGGUGGGCAAAAGUUUCCGUACCAAGGUGUACACCAAUCCCAUCUUUGUGGAAGUCGUCAAGGAGCUGUAUCCCAUUUGCUGCAACCGCGGACUCUUCAACUUCGAAGACUACUAGUGAUCGCCAAUUUAUGCAUCUGCCAGUGAAGCUUUCAUUCGAACCUAUUAAGCAAAUUGUGUGCGAAUAUUGAUUCUGGAUUUUUCAAGUUUUCCACGGCGAAUGUCGGGGCCGCAACGUAAUCGAAGGUCGGGGACCAUGAAAUAGUUUUCCAACUAGUACGCCUGUAAAUAGAAAUAUGAUUCCAAAAAAUGUUAUCUUUCAACAAUU